GGAAUCAGUUUUGCCCACCCAGCGUACAUCAGAUCUGUGAUAAGGGGUGGAAUUCACUCAAGAAAUCUUGAACCAAAGAAUAGGACUGCCCUACAUUUGGCCUGUGCCACUGGCCAACCGAAAAUGGUAUUUCUCCUGGUGUCUGGAAGAUGUGAGCUUAACCUCUGCGACCGUGAAGGCAGGACGCCUCUGAUCAAGUCUAAUACUGACAGGCUGUGCAACUGAGGCAGGAGGCUUGUGCAACUGAGGCAGGAGGCUUGUGCAACCAUUCUGCUGCAAAAUGGCGCUGAUCCAAAUAUUAUGGAUGUCUUUGGAAGGACUGCUCUACACUAUGCUGUGUAUAAUGAAGAUACAUCCAUGAUAGAAAAACUUCUUUUAUAUGGUACAAAUAUUGAAGAAUGCAGCAAGUAUAAAUAUCCACCACUGUUACUCGCCGUGAGUAAAAGAAAACUGAAAAUGGUGGAAGUUUUAUUGAAGAAAAAUGCAAAUAUAAAUGCAAUUGAUUAUCUUAGCAGAUCAGCCCUCAUACUUGCUGUUACUCUUGGAGAAAAAGAUAUAGUCAUUCUUCUGCAGCACAAUAUUGAUGUGUUUUCUCGAGAUGCGUAUGGAAAGACUGCAGAAGAUUAUGCCAUUGAGGCUGAGAAUAGAGUCAUUUUCGAAUUAAUUUCUGAAUACAAAAGAAAGAAAUAUGAAGAGCUUUCUAUAAAUAGCAAUCCAGAAUCUUCUGAGCGACCUCCUUUAUGCACGCUUACCCUGAAAGAAGCAGAUCCCAGUUCAAAAGUAGCCAUAAGAAGGAAGGGUUCACCACCUCCAGGAAAAGUGUCUUCUCAGAAAUAACCAGCUGAGAAGGCUACCAGUGACGAGAAAGAUUCUGUUUCGAAUAUAGCCACAGAAAUGAAGGAGGAACCAAUAUUUGGGACGGGUAAUUUUGCAAAACACAUCUAAUGUCAUGUUCAAUCAAGAUAGAAGAGAACUUCCCUUCCCCAAAUAAAUCAGUGGGGAGUUCGUCUAAGCUGCAUGUUCUGAUUCAGUACGCCUGAGAUUCUUCAUUUGUAGUGAGUUCUCAGGUGACCCUGAUGCUGCUGGUCCUUGGCCAUGAUCUGAGUAGUAAGAUUAUAGACUUCCCCACAUUGAAAUUGGGAAGAAGAACCAUUGCAGAGCAGUUCAACACAUACCAGGCUAAGGGAAAAGCAUAAUUUUGCUUUAAUUUUACAGCAUGUUUCCAUCAAGAGGGGAAA